CCACCGCAGCCACGGCACCGGCUGCACUCCGGGCCGGGAGGGACCCGCAUCCCGCUCCGGUCCCCGGGCCGGGAGGGACCCGCAUCCCGAAUCGGUCCCCAACCGGGAACGACCCGCAUCCCGCUCCGGUCCUGAACCGGGACGGACCCGUAACCUGAACUGGCUGCACUCCAGCCCCCGGGCCGGGAGGGACCCGCAUCCUGCUCCGGUUCUGAACCAGGAGGAACCCGCAUCUUGAUCCGGCUGCACCCCGAACCGGGAGGGAGCCGCAUCCCCCUCCGGUCCUGAACCGGGAGGGACCCACGUCUUGAACCGGCGGCACCCUAAGGUCCCCGGGCUGGGAGGAACUCGUAUCCUAAACCCGGUCCUGAACCGGGAAGACCCGCAUCCUGCUCCGGUCCUGAACCAAGAGGGACCCACAUCUUGGACCGGCUGUGCCCCGAACUGGGAGGGACCCGCAUCCUGCUCCAGUCCUGAACCGGGAGGGACCCGCAUCCUGAACUGGCUGUGCCCUGAAUUGGGAGGAAUUUCCACCCUAGGGAAGCUGCAGCCAAGCCCAGAGGGACCUGUGCAUCCCAGUCCAGCUGUGCAUCCCAGUCCAGCUGUGCCCAAACUGGGAGGGACCAGUGCUCUGAACCAGCUGUGCCUGAACCAGGAGGCACCAGUGCUCUGAACCAGCUGUGCCCGAACUGGGAGGCACCAGUGCUCUGAACCAGCUGUGCAUCCCAGUCCAGCUGUGCCCGAACUGGGAGGCACCAGUGCUCUGAACCAGCUGUGCAUCCCAGUCCAGCUGUGCCCGAACUGGGAGGCACCAGCGCUCUGAACCAGCCGUGCAUCCCAGUUCAGCUGUGCCCGAACUGGGAAGCACUAGUGCUCUGAACCAGCCGUGCAUCCCAGUCCAGCUGUGCCUGAACCAGGAGGGACCCAUGCCCUGAACCCGCUGUGCAUCCCAGUCCAGCUGUGCCCAAACUGGGAGGCACCAGUGCUCUGCACCAGCCACAUGCCUUGACAUGGCCAGGCACCCUGUGCCAGCUGCACCCCCAGACAGGAGGAACCUGCACCCCAAACUAGCCCUGUGCCCAAAAUUUGUUGCAUCCUGACCUGCUGUGCCAUAACCAGGAGGAACCUGUGUCCCGAGGUAUCCGUGUGCCUGGUCUGGCUGCGCUGCGGAGCGAUGGAUAACGCGCUGCCGCUGGAAGCGGAGCUGGAGCACCCGCUGCUCAACAUCUCCCUGAACGAGUCCUUUGCGAACCAGUUCGUGCAGCCCCCGUGGCAGGUGGCCCUGUGGGCUGUCGCCUACGCCCUCAUCGUGGUGGUGUCGGUGGUGGGGAACGUGGUGGUGAUGUGGAUCAUCCUGGCUCACAAGAGGAUGCGCACUGUCACCAACUACUUCUUGGUGAACCUGGCUUUUGCUGAAGCCUCCAUGGCUGCCUUCAACACCGUGGUGAACUUCACCUACGCCAUCCACAACGAGUGGUACUACGGGCUGCUCUACUGCAAGUUUCACAACUUCUUCCCCAUCGCCGCCGUCUUCGCCAGCAUCUACUCCAUGACGGCCAUCGCCCUGGACAGGUACAUGGCUAUCAUCCACCCGCUGCAACCCCGUCUCUCAGCCACCGCCACCAAGGUGGUCAUCGGCAUCAUCUGGCUCCUGGCUUUCCUGCUGGCUUUCCCCCAGGGUUACUACUCGGUGAUGGAGAAGCUGCCGGGCCGGCUGGUGUGCCUGGUGGAGUGGCCGGACCACAGCACCAACGUGUAUGGAAAAACGUAUCACUUCUGCAUGACCAUCCUGAUCUACUUCUUGCCGCUUCUGGUGAUAGGAUGUGCCUACACUGUGGUCGGUGUCACCCUCUGGGCGAGCGAGAUACCCGGCGACUCCUCCGACCGCUACCAUGAGCAGGUCUCGGCUAAGCGGAAGGUAGUGAAGAUGAUGAUCAUUGUGGUAUGCACCUUCGCGCUGUGCUGGCUGCCCUACCACAUCUACUUCACCCUGCAGUAUUUCAACCCCGAGUGGUACCUGCAGAAGUUCAUCCAGCAGGUUUACUUGGCCAUCAUGUGGCUGGCCAUGAGCUCCACCAUGUACAACCCCAUCAUCUACUGCUGCCUCAACGACAGGUUUCGUGUGGGGUUCAAACACGCAUUUCGGUGGUGCCCAUUCAUCAGCGCCGGUGAGUAUGAGGGCCUGGAAAUGAAGUCAGCCAGGUACCUGCAGACACAGAGCAGCAUGUACAAGGUCAGCCGGAUAGAGACUACCGUGUCCUCGGCGGUUGGUGCGGCUGAAGAGGAGCUGGAGGAGAGCAGCAAGGCCAAGCGUCUCUCCGUAGACAUGACCUCCAAUGGCUCCUCCCGCAGCGACUCCAAAACAGUCUCCGAAAGCUUCAGCUUCUACUCCAACACACUCACCUAAGCAGCUCCCUGUCUCCGUUGGCUGCUCACAAGGGUGCCACCAUCCCCUUUCCCUCACUGGGAUGCUCCAGCGCUCAAUCCACCCAGCGUCACCACCCUGGUUUGUGAUGUGCCAGCUUUUUUCCCCAUGCUGUUUUACCCUCUCUUGCUGUGCCACUCGCUCACCAUCCUUGGGCGAGCCCGAAAGCAAAAGCUUUGGAUUAAUUUCAUGUGCUACACUGUGGCUCAAGCCCGAACACAAGGGAGGUUUGGCUGGCCUCUGCCUUGCUUGCUGCUUAUCCAACCCACCACGUGCCAAGCAGGCAGAUAGGACGCAGAAAUGGGACAGAGCUGGGUUUUUCCCCUAAACCUCAAGUAGAACAUUGGCAGGUGCUUCCCUGCUCUCUGCAAAGCAGCAGGGAUCUCUCAGUGCUUCCCACUCCACAGGAAAAUGAACCAGUCUUGCACUUCCCUCCUCCCACCUUUAAUUGCAUUCUCCCUGUCACUCCCGGUUGAAUAUCCAGAGGGGUAUUCAAUUCAAAAAUCCAGCAAAAAAAUGCUGUUUUCAACUACAGGAGCCUGUAUAUCCAUGGGGCACCACUGGCCCCUCAGCGCUUUGACUCAGAUCUAAGCAUUUCUGCACAGUGUCAGCUCAUCUCCAGCACCCACAUCCCUCUGCACGAUGGUCUUCUGUUGCCAGUCCACAACACGGCUCAUCGAAACAAGGCUCUUGAAAAGGAUUUUUGAACUGAGCCAGACUUUGGUUGUCGUUAAUCAACCAUAUGUGCCAAAAGCGAUCACUGUGAUUUCCUAAAAGGCCCAGGGUGAUGUGUCUUCGAUAGAUUUUUGGAAGUCUGUGGAGGUCUGGAGAAGAAGAGACUGACCAUACUGAAAUGUUUUUCACAACCUGGAAAUGUUUAGAGCUGCACAGAAAGGGGCAUCGUAGGAUUCUGCCAGAAAAACAAGGUUUUUGCCAGCGUACAAGGUUUGAAGGGAGACAAGAGUUUUGCAGACAUCUUUUACUCAGAGGAGGGUUGAAAUGAUUCACUUCCACUUUCUGGAUUUUGUUUUAAUGAGGGAAACGUUUUUUUCUUUUAAUCCCCCAUCUUUUGUAUAAAAUACUACAUUUAUGAUGUGUACAUGGAUAUAUCUAAUAUUUUAGUCCUGUUAUAAUGGAUAAUUUUCAUUGCGACUGUUCGUACCAAGGGCUCCUUUGGCCAGCAAGUUAUGAACAUACACUCAAAGCAGGGAAAAAAGGUAAAUAAAAUGAGAAUUGGGUAAAUUUGGCUCAUUGGGAACAAACCCACAAGUCUGGGGGCAGUUGUAUCGACUGCUGCUUGCUCCCAGUCCAAAUUCUCGCUUUUGGUGUAGAAUUCCAACUCCUAAAAUGGAUUCACUGCAAAAUAGAAAUCUGGAGAGAUGCACAACAGCUUUGCACAGAGCAAGGAAACUGCUCAUUCAUUUUAAAGCAGCUGAACGUCAGACCCUGCUGAGCACACAGCAAUUUCUGGAAGUAAAGCAGAGAUGACUUUUGGAGCUUUUCAACUCUUCAGUCUCCAAACUGGCUGCUGGAACAUCCAGUCACUAAUAAAUUCCCCAGCCACGAUGGUUCUUGGAGAUAAAAAUACACAUAUUUAAGCAAUGACUCCCGCAGAAAUUAAAUGAACGGGCAAAUAGAUGGAUCCAAGAGCAACAAAAUGGCUGCAAAACCAGAUUGACAAGGAUGAUCAUCUUCAUUUUUUAUCCAAAAAUCCUGCCAAGUGCCAUCAGCAAGGAGCAGCUCUUCCAGCCACUCCCACACCCUUCCCAACUGCUGCGACUACAUGACAUCACAAACUGCCACGUGCUCCACGCACAUGCUGGAAUACACUUUUUUUUGUGCUUAAACUUCCACUUCUCACUGUUCUCAUCGCCUUAAGACACGUUCCCUUGCUGUUGCCUCCUGCAACCCUGCACGAGCCUGCCUGGGGAUUCGGUUUUGCAAAAAACCACCAGCCCCAGGCAGCAGCAAUCGAAGGGACGGGUGACACCACGGGUUAUAACACAAGGGUUGGACUAGGAAACUUUUACCACCAACUCCACAGGAGCUGUGCUGCCAAUACACAAGAAGGUGCUACAAACCAGAGCCAAAUUCUGAUUUAUUCACAGCUGCCAACCCAAACUCCAAAUUAAAAUAAAACCAAAUAUCUCAAAAUGGUCUAAAGAGCCGAAUAAGGUAAGCAGAGAUCUGCUCCAUACACCCCACACACAAGAGUUUGUGUCAGCUUGUGAGCCUACAAAGUCAGCAUUUACAAAAAAAAAAAUAUAUAUAUACGUGUGUGUGUGUGUGUGUAUAUAUAUAUAUAUAUAACCAAGCUGGCCUUUUGUCCUCCGUGUUUUAUGCCCCAAGGAUGCUGUGAUCAUGAGAUGUGCAGAGAAGCGACAACUGUCUUCUCACAAGCAAUGCUCAGCUUUAAACGCAGGAUAACCCCAAGGGUGUGCAUGGAGACUUCAAUUCAAGCUGACAGUUUACAGCCUGACUGCUUCUGGUGCAUCUUGUAGAAAACUAUCUCUUGAAAUAAAGCGGGGAAAAUUCCCACCUGUUAUAAACAGUGCCAACAACCUCAGCAGAACCUGCCUGGGACAGCCAGGCUGAUGGGAACAUGUCAAGGGAUCAUUCAACAGAUGGAGACCCAUGCAGGAAAAGAAAAAUGUUCUGUGUAAAUGGGUACAACACACCCAAAUCCAGGUUUUCCUUUCUCCCCUCCAAGUGCCAAGUUAUUCUGUUGAUAGAGGCAGGAACAGGGAUGAGGGUCUUUUGACAUUUAGGAGCUAGGCCAGCCCACAGGGUGAGAAGUUUGGGUCAGGUCCAUGUCCACACACGUGACAUGCAUCAGGCAACAUUAGCUGGUUUCACCAAUUUUGGGAUGCUCUGUGCAUGCAAAAGCCACAGAGAAGUCUUCUUUUGAAGACUGAAAAGCCUAAAACAAAAGACACCCCUGCCCAGGCUUGGGAAGGGGGCACCUAACCGUAUGGUGAGUCCAAUCUCUGCACUAUUUCCAGCUCUCCUUUCAAAAAGGUCAGCUGUAAUACAGAGGUUUUUUCUGGUUUAUUAAGCCUGUUCUCCUCGUUUGCUUGCAGAUCUGUGAUUAGAAAUUCAAUCGCAAACAAGACUGUUUCUUUGUCUCUUUCCUGGCUCUCUGAAAUGCGAAAUAAUAGCAUCUGGAGAGAAUCACUCAGCAGGUCUGUACGCAUCCCUUUGCCAUCUCCUCCUUGGAGGCAUACAGAUAACUCCCAUCAUCCUUAAAGGGAGCUGCCUAAGCUCAAUGACAAUGCACUCCAAUCGAAAACCAUUGCAGAAGGGAGCUCUGAAACCCAAAUCCCAACCCGGAGCCACCUCCUUACCCCCAAGGGAUUGAUUGUAAACUCAAGUUUGCUUCCUGGCACCCAGAAAUCACUCUUCCCACUUAGCUUCCAGCAGGAGCACAGACCAACAAAACCCCAUCUCCAUACAUACCUCAAGGUCUGCUCAAUUGCUCCAAAAUACUUUUACUCCCCGUACCAUGUGUAACCAUUUGUCUCACACCAACUUAAAACAAAAAACAAGCAAAAGCCAAGCAAGUGCCUGCUUGCCACAAGAAUUAGGUAACUUUGCAAAUGUGGAAGUCAAAGCAAAGCAGCCAGUACUGAUCCCCAUUGUUUGUAGUGCUUGUAACAGGAUUGCCAGUAGACACGCAAAAGGCUGCUCACCCACUACUUCUCUUUAUUAUUACUUUUAUUUUGCUGUCCCUGGAGGGAUGCCGUCACUGCUUGGCCCAGCUGAGCACACUGCAUCUGCCAAUGGGUAGUGACGUGAGGUGGUAGCAGAGCAUCCGCUCUUUGCUGUGUAUUUUCACAGGGCUGACACAGGUUGGGGUUUUUUUUUCAGUUUGCUGUGCCCUAGCCAGAGCCCUCCUGCAAGAUCACAUAAUCGAAGUGCCCAGCUCAAGAGCUCCUAGCUUUUGCUUACUCUUAAAAUAACCACAACAACAACAAUAAUACCCACCUCUCAGGCUUCAGGAAUGUUAUUAAUCUAUUGAACACACCAUCCUGCCUGAAAAAUCUGUUUCCAGCUGAAUAAUUAAUACAGCAGUUACAAUGCAAAGUUUAACACGCAAAUAGCCCCUUUUCCUGUGUAUAUCCACCUGAAAUACCACCUCUGCUGGAAGCUAAAUCACACUCAUCACUUGAACAUGACAGUCGCAGCACCCCAGAGAAGGGACAGUGAGUCCCAAGAGCAGCUGAGGAUGAGAGAUAACUCUCGGGUGUCCCUGCCCUUAAACUUUCCACACCAGACAAAAAGGCUCCUGAUUCUGUGCAAUAUGAUAUGGUUGGGGCCAGGAGGGGAGCGAGGGGAGGAGAUGGGCUGCGACUUACAUCUGGGUUUUGGUAUUUGGUGUGUGGGGCAGCUCACAGGGGAUUUGUGUGAAGUUCUUCCCAUAGUAGCAUCUCUACAGAGAAAAAAAUCCAACCCUCCUCCCACAGUAGCAUCUCUACAGAGAAAAAAAUCCAGCCCUCCUCCCCAAAAUGGUCUCUCUCUGAUUGUCGGGUUUGUCCAAAUGGAUUUUCAUAAAUAAACGUUUCUUUUGUGA